GUUCAGGACGCCCAGUCACCGUCGGAUGAGCUGAGCUGAGGGUGUUCGGAUGGCGUCGCCGCGGCGUAACGGGGAUCAGGCGGCGGCGGGGGGACGGAGGAAGGAGUCGAGGCGGCUGGGGACGCUCCUACUGGUGCUGCGGGUGGCGGCGCUGUGCUUUAGCCUUGCGGCGGCGGUGUUCGCGGCGACGGACGGCGCCGUGCUGCGGCUGGCGCCGUUCAGGUUCCUGCUGGCGGCGAACGCGAUCCUGGCGGUGUACUCGGUGUUCGAGGUCGCCGCGGCGGCGUGGGAGGUGGCCAAGGGCGCCACGCUGCUCCCGGAGGCCUUGCAGCUCUGGUUCGACUUCGGCCACGACCAGGGUUUCGGGUACAUGGCGCUAGCCGCCGCGGCGGCGGCGGCGCGGGAAGCGGCGUUGUGCGGCGGAGGCCAGGAGCGGAAUAUCAGCAGCACGGCGUGCCUGCAGAGCGACAUCGCCGUGGGGCUCGGGUUCGCGGCGUUCGCGUUCCUGGCGCUGGCGGCGCUCGCGACGGGGUUCCGGCUCGUCCGCUUCCUCGCCACCGGUUCCCGGCUCCCGGCGGGGGCCUCCUCCCCGUAUUGACCGGCGUGCGUGGGGCCAUGGAGCAUACGUCCGUACGUAGUAGCUACUGGUGCGAUGAACUGAUCGGAGUGCGGCUAGCCAGAGCACUUCGAUUUUUCGGUGGUUUUGAUCGAUCGGUGGGGUGAUUAUUACAGUAUGCACUACGCUAUUAGCUCGACAAUAUUAGAUGGAUGUGUGUGAUGUGUACGCAAGAUUCUGCGGGAUAUACUACGACUGAAACAUAGGCGGUGCAUGACGAGUUUGUUUUUUCAUUUUGGUUUUGCUAUAUCUGGGGUUUUUUGCCGAGAAUUUGGGGAGCUUCAUUGCAAUAAUAACAUUCGAUUGCAAUUA